AUGACGGCCCCAGCGCAGCCAGCCGCACAAGUCGCAUCCAACGCCGCACAGCCAAGCGCCGCCACCAAGGCCAAGGCAAAGGGUUCGAAUCGCCCCUCUCCCGAGGAGAUCGAGGCCAAACGAGCCGCGCGCGCCCUCAAAAAGCAAAAAGAGGCAGAGGACAAGGCCGCAAAGCAAGAGGCGAUACGGCAGUCGCUCCUCGACUCGGGCGACGCGGACGGCAGAGUCGCAGGCGGACACCUCGACUCGCAGGGAAACACGCUCUACAUCCCACGGUCCUGGGGCAAGGUAGCUUCCCCGCAGCGAGGCGGCGGCGACAACGGUACCGGCAACCACGGCGACCCCGGGCCCAAGGUCAAGUUUCUCAGCUGGAACAUCCUCGCCCAGGGUCUGGUGCGACGCAAGCUCUUCCCCGGCUCCGACUGCCUCAAGUUCAAGGACCGUGCCGCCGGGCUGACGGCCGAGCUCUCCAGCCGCACCGGACAUGGCUGGGACGUGGGCUGCUUCCAGGAGGUCGACCGGCUCGAGGUGCACGGCGAGACGCUGCAGCGCGACGGCUUCGCCUACGUCUACGAAAAGGGCUACAGGACCAAGCAGCACGGCCUCUUGAUCGCAUGGCGCAAGGCCAUGUUUGGCGAGGCCGAACACCGCAAGCUGCUCGUCGACCUCGACGAGGAAGGCGUUUACGAGCCCGACCUGGCCGACGGCGGGCGUCGCCGCACCGCCUGCUCGAGGGUGACUCGCAACAUCGGCCUCUUUGUCGCGCUCCGCUUUGCCGAGCGGCGAGGCGCUUCGACCGCUCCCGGCGUCAUUGUGGCCACGACGCACCUCUUCUGGCAUCCGAUGCACGCCUAUGAGCGGGCGCGGCAGUCUGGCAUCCUUGUACGGCGGCUCGAGGCGUUCCGCCAGUCGCUGGGCGAGGAGUGGCGCACGGCCACCGUCGUGCUGGCGGGCGACUUCAACGACCAGCCCCACUCGGCCACCUACCACCUCCUCACGGGCAAGCCGCUCACCGAUCACUGCAUCCAGGAGAUCCGCAACUCGACCGUCGUCCACAAGAGCAUCGACGACAAGCGCGAGCGGGCGCAGGCGGCUCCCGGUGCGAGCGGGACAGAUGCGGUCGACAGCGACAAGACCGCUGCCGAGCAAGGCGGCGAAGGGGACGGGGGCGAAGGUGAAGAGCAAGACGCCGAGGAAGGGGACGUCGACGAGGAGGAAGAAGAGGGAGAAGAGGGCGGCGCGGACGACCAGAUGCUCAAGAACUGCCGCGCUGCGACUCCAGAAGACGGGCUGCUGACGAUCGACGAGCUGCUGCAGCUCCACGACCUCUCGCGGCCGCUGCCUGGAUGUAGCCCGGCCCAGCCGUCGACGAGCGGCGGCGAUGCGGAGCAGGCACGGGGCAACGGUCGGCUGGGGCUAAUGAGCUCGUACGGCAGCCACUACGGACGGCUGUGCGAUCCAGAAGAGGUCGACAACUUUUUCGGCACCAAGAGCCGCGGUCGAGAACGACACGACGACGAGACGUGGAGACAGGGGCAGGACAAUGUGCACACGGGCGAAUCGAGAGAGCCUAUGUGGACGAUCUUUUCGAGCCUCUUCUCGCUGACGCUGGACUACAUCUUCCUCUUUCCUACGACGGCCGGCGACGCAUCGAGCGGGCAGGGCGAGGCAGCGACGGCGACGGCGACGGCGACGGCGACGGCGACGGCGAGGCAGGCUCGCUUCCCCCAAGUGACGAGGCUGCUGCGAACGCACCGGACCGAGACGCUUCAGCCGGGCGUGCCGCGCAAGGGGGUGUGUGCGUCUGACCACGUCGCCAUCGCGGCAGAGGUGGUGUGUGGCUCGUCGCCGUCGCCGUCGUCGUAG